AUGACAUGGCGAGACAAUGUCCUCAUUUGGGCCGAUGAUGCUGCAGUGCGUGUCUAUAGCGUGCGCGAAAGGCAUCUCAUAAACUAUAUCCCUAAAUUCCUGAACGACUUAGGUAGCGUCUUUGAAAGGAAUCCGAGAUGUCACCUCGCUUGGUGUUCUGACACCUGUUUCCUGAUUGGAUGGGAGAAAAUUGUACAAGUGUGCCACAUUCUGCGACCAAGCGGUCCUACACACGAGGCCACCUGGAGUUCAACUGCAUCAAACGAUGACAACGAGUCCAUAGCUUCCUCACAUUACUCUGCCUCAGUUGUGGGUACUCCAGCGCUCCCAAAAGAAUACGUUCAAAUUGCGGCUCAAAUUGAUUUGGGACGUGACGAGAAGAGAGGUGUGAUUUGUGGCAUUGCGAUGCACCAAAAUCGCAUUCUUGUCCUUCUUUAUCGGUUAAAAUCUGUCGAGAGUCUUCUGGAGGUGGAACCCAGAAAGGAAAGGCCACCUCAGCUCCUUGUUGUUGAUGUGGGAGACGCACUAAUCAAUCCCCUCUGCUCUCCGAGUGACCUGGACUCGAUGCUGCCUAUGGAGGAUUCCUUUGAAGAAAUAAGUCUGGAGGAGGUUGACCUUAAGGUUCCUCCCGAAUAUGGCUUACGAGGGUUAGGAUUAGCAACCAUCUCUGGAGAAGAUAUACACUUCGUCUACUCUCCUGUAGACAUGGUCUAUGCCCAGGCACUGACUGCGGAUGAUCGAAUAGACUGGUUUUUGGAGCAAGACAUGCCCCGUCGAGCGCUCCAAAUUGCUACCGAGCAUCACAAGGAGUUAACUCGUCACUCCCCCAAGAAACUGGGAAUGGAUUAUCUGGACAAGUUAAUCGAGGCCAAAAAGUAUCAGAAUGCUGCAGGUCUCUGUAGGCUCCUUCUCACUGAUAAAGAGUCGUGGGAGAGUCAGAUUUACCGCUUUCUUCAGCUUGGGCAACUUCACGUCCUUGUACCCUACUUACCAUCAACCAAAGACCUCAUUGGCUCCUCAACCUACGAGGUCAUUCUGAUAGACCUGCUGGAAAGAUUCCCUCAGACUCUUUUGCAGAAACUCAAGGAUUGGCCGCCGAGUAGCGGUUUGUACUCUCUAAAUCCCAUAAUUGCGGCCAUUGAAGGAAAAAUCUCUUCGUUUCCAACCAAAGGAGACAAUCAGGAUCCCGAUAAGAGUGCCUUAUGGCGUGCACUUAUUAUCCUCUAUGAACACGUUGGUGAACCCCAGAAAGUCCUUGAAAUUUCCAUCAUGUUGAAGGACGCUGGAAUCUUUGAUUUUCUUCGACGUCACCUUUUGCCUGCGGGGCAGGCUAGUGAUCAUUUUGCAGCAGAGGUUCGCAAACAACUCCUUCCGCUGUGCCAAAUCGACAUUACUCGAGCCGUCCUUCUCAUGAUUGACUGCAUGCAGGAGAUACCUGUUGAUUUUGUCGUUGAAGAGCUUGAUUCCCAACCGCUGCUGCUUUUCAAGGUAAUCUAUUUCGCUCAAAGAGUAACUGAUUAA